AUGGUGAAUGUGAGGUACGGGGGCGCGGAGUACAGUACCAAAACCGAAAAAGGAUGCGUACAGGGGUCAAUCGGUGGUCCCAUAUUAUGGAACCUGCUGCUAGACCCUCUGCUGAAAGGGCUGGAAGAACGAGGACACAAAUGCCAGGCUUUGGCUGACGACGUUGUCCUGGUGUUCGACGGUUGCACAGCGCAGGACAUUGAAAGACAAGCCAAUGCCGCUCUCGGGCAUGUCCGGGCGUGGGGAGUCAUGAACAAGCUAAAAUUUGCACCACACAAAACCAGCGCAAUGCUGAUCACUCGAAAGCUGAAGCAUGACACCCCACGCCUGAGCAUGGGCGGGAUCGACAUUGCCAUGUCUAAACAGAUCAAACUGCUAGGUCUCACCAUUGACAACAAACUCACAUUUAACACUCAUGUCGCCAACGUAUGCUCCAAAGCCGUAAAAGUGUAUAAACAGUUAGCUAGGGCCGCAAGGGUGAGCUGGGGUCUGCAUCCGGAAGUGAUACGAAGCAUAUACACCGCGGUGGUAGAGCCUAUCGUCAUGUACGCGGCAAGCGCAUGGGUGCCGGCGUCCAACAAACUGGGAGUGAGGUCUAAGCUGAACAGUGUUCAGCGAAGCUUCGCCCAGAAGAUGUGUCGUGCAUACCGCACGGUAUCCCUAAACUCGGCACUGGUGUUGGCUGGGAUACUCCCCUUGGACCUGCGUAUACAGGAGGCUGCAUCGUUGUAUGAGGCCCGAAGGGGAGUAUGCCACCCAGCGCUGGCGGGUGGGGAGAUCGAGCGCGUUGCAUCGGCACUCCAGAUGCCGCACCUGGCAGAACGGAGAGCGAUAGAGCUGCGCCACCUGGUAGAUGAGGAACAUUAUCGCGAAAAUUGCGACUUCGAAGUCCGCAUCUUCACGGAUGGCAGCAAGAUUGAGGGAAAAGUCGGAGCCGCACUAUCCAUCUGGACUGGUGCGGCGGAGACGAAAACCCGAAAGCUUGCUCUGCCAUCCUACUGCACCGUCUACCAGGCCGAGCUUCUCGCUCUCUGCGAAGCCACUCGGGAGGCCCUGAAACGUAGAGAGACCAGCUUUGCCAUAUACAGCGACUCUAUGGCAGCCCUCCUCACAGUCGUGAACCCCGAAGCCCUCCACCCUCUUGCCGUGGAAUCCAGAGACGCCCUUUACAACAGUAACAUUCAGAACAAGAGCGUCUCCCUGUUCUGGAUUAAAGCUCACGCGGGGUUGGAGGGUAACGAGAGAGCCGACUCGCUCGCAAAGGAGGCUGCCCUAAAAUCGAAACGCAAGCCGGACUACGAUAUGUACCCGGUAUCAUUCGUCAAGCGCUUUAUCCGAUUGGAUACGCUUGACGAAUGGAACUGGAGAUACAGCACGGGGCACACAGCGUCCACCACCAAGCUGUUCUUCCCGAGUGCGGUUGAGGCGUACAGGACGAUACGCAAGCUGAGCAUCACCAAGGAGUUGACCCAGGCUCUAACGGGGCACGGUGGUUUCUCUGAGUAUUUGACUCGCUUCAAAUGCAAAGAGAACCCAGCGUGCGCCUGCGACCCUAGUAUAGCUGAGACUGUGCCCCACCUUCUUGCGGACUGUCCCAUUCACAGCAAGGACAGAUAUGAACUAGAGCAGAAAAUUGGAUAUAGAGUCGAAAAAGACAACUUCAAUCAAAUUAUAAUAGAUAAAAAGAAUAGCGAAACCUUUGUCAACUUUAUUGUAAAAAUUGUAAAAUUAGCAAAUCAAAGAAACUCCUAG